UCACAGAAACGCCCACCACUAUCACCCCAUCAACAGCAACAACCUCCACUACGCCAGUCACAGAAACGCCCACCACUAUCACCCCAUCAACAACAACAACCCCAGUCACAGAAACGCCCACAACUAUCACCCCAUCAACAACAACCUCCACUACAACCCCAGUAACAGAAACGCCCACCACUAUCACCCCAUCAACAACAACAACCUCCACUACAACCCCUGUAACAGAAACGCCCACCACUAUCACCCCAUCAACAGCAACGACCUCCACUACAACACCAGUCACAGAAACGCCCACCACUAUCACCCCAUCAACAACAACCUCCACCACAACCCCAGUGACAGAAACGCCCACCACUAUCACCCCAUCAACAACAACCCCAGUCACAGAAACUCCCACAACUAUCACCCCAUCAACAGUCACAACCUCCACCACAACACCAGUGACAGAAACGCCCACCACUAUCACCCCAUCAACAACAACCUCCACCACAACCCCAGUGACAGAAACGCCCACCACUAUCACCCCAUCAACUACAACCCCAGUAACAGAAACGCCCACCACUAUCACCCCAUCAACAACAACAACCUCCACUACAACCCCAGUAACAGAAACGCCCACCACUAUCACCCCAUCAACAACAACAACCUCCACUACAACCCCUGUAACAGAAACGCCCACCACUAUCACCCCAUCACAGCAACAACCUCCACCACAACCCCAGUGACAGAAACGCCCACCACUAUCACCCCAUCAACAACAACCUCCACCACAACCCCAGUGACAGAAACGCCCACCACUAUCACCCCAUCAACAGCAACGACCUCCACUACAACACAAGUCACAGAAACGCCUACCACUAUCACCCCAUCAACAACAACAACCCCAGUCACAGAAACUCCCACAACUAUCACCCCAUCAACAGUCACAACCUCCACCACAACGCCAGUGACAGAAACGCCCACCACUAUCACCCCAUCAACAACAACCUCCACCACAACCCCAGUGACAGAAACGCCCACCACUAUCACCCCAUCAACAACAACAACCCCAGUCACAGAAACUCCCACAACUAUCACCCCAUCAACAGCAACGACCUCCACUACAACACCAGUCACAGAAACGCCCACCACUAUCACCCCAUCAACAACAACAACCCCAGUCACAGAAACUCCCACAACUAUCACCCCAUCAACAGUCACAACCUCCACCACAACUAACAGAAACGCCCACCACUAUCACCCCAUCAACAACAACAACCUCCACUACAACCCCAGUAACAGAAACGCCCACCACUAUCACCCCAUCAACAACAACAACCUCCACUACAACCCCAGUAACAGAAACGCCCACCACUAUCACCCCAUCAACAGCCACAACCUCCACUACAACCCCAGUAACAGAAACGCCCACCACUAUCACCCCAUCAACAGCAACGACCUCCACUACAACACCAGUCACAGAAACGCCCACCACUAUCACCCCAUCAACAACAACCUCCACUACAAUCCCAGUCACAGAAACGCCCAUCACUAUCACCCCAUCAACAACAACCUCCACUACAACGCCAGUCACAGAAACGCCCACCACAACGCCAGUCACAGAAACCCCCACCACUAUCACCCCAUCAACACCAACCUCCCCUACAACCCCAGUGACAGAAACGCCCACCACUAUCACCCCAUCAACAGCAAUGACCUCCACCACAACGCCAGUCACAGAAACGCCCACCACUAUCACCCCAUCAACAACAACAACCCCAGUCACAGAAACUCCCACGACUGUCACCCUAUCAACAGUCACAACCUCCACCACAACACCAGUGACAGAAACGCCCACCACUAUCACCCCAUCAACAACAACAACCUCCACUACAACCCCAGUGACAGAAACGCCCACCACUAUCACCCCAUCAACAACAACAACCUCCACUACAACCCCAGUGACAGAAACGCCCACCACUAUCACCCCAUCAACAACAACAACCUCCACUACAACCCCAGUGACAGAAACGCCCACCACUAUCACCCCAUCAACAACAACAACCUCCACUACAACCCCAGUGACAGAAACGCCCACCACUAUCACCCCAUCAACAACAACCUCCACUACAACACCAGUCACAGAAACGGCCACCACUAUCACCCCAUCAACAGCAACAACCUCCACUACGCCAGUCACAGAAACGCCCACCACUAUCACCCCAUCAACAACAACAACCCCAGUCACAGAAACUCCCACAACUAUCACCCCAUCAACAGUCACAACCUCCACCACAACACCAGUGACAGAAACGCCCACCACUAUCACCCCAUCAACAGUCACAACCUCCACCACAACACCAGUGACAGAAACGCCCACCACUAUCACCCCAUCAACAACAACCUCCACUACAACCCCAGUGACAGAAAUGCCCACCACUAUCACCCCAUCAACAGCAACGACCUCCACUACAACACCAGUCACAGAAACGCCCACCACUAUCACCCCAUCAACAACAACAACCCCAGUCACAGAAACUCCCACAACUAUCACCCCAUCAACA